UGUUAUCCAUUUCACAGUCUUCUUCUCCUUCUGACAACUCCAAAUGCUUUCCCUCCUUCUCUUACAACCAAAAUGCCCAUCUUCACUGCAACUUCCAGUUCCACCCACAUUUCCUUUCUCUCCCACCUAUGGACUGGCGCCGAUGUUUCCUCCCUUAACCAUGGCACCGUCUCAGUCUCAGUCUCUCCAUCUUCUUCUCAGUCUUCUCUCUUAAACCCAUGUUUCAGCCUUAAUUCUUUUGGCCGGAGGAGGAAGAAAAGGCUGGCCAUUUGCUCCGCUAACAGCAGCAGCAGCAGCGAGGUAUUUGAACGCCGCCCGGACAGAGAAGCUGGCGCUGCAGCUGCAGCCGCCAGAGUACUUCAAGAAACUUCAGCAGCCUCGUCAGAGGCCCUCAGGCAAGCUCGGAGGUCUGCUGAUUGGAAGGAAGCAAAGAGUUACAACGACGAUAGACGCAUCUACGAAGGCAGGAUUGAAGGUUUUAAUAAUGGAGGAUUGCUUAUAAAGUUUCGUAGUUUAGUUGGGUUUCUCCCAUAUCCUCAGUUGAGCCCUUCCCAUUUUUUUAAAGAAGAACCGCGCAAAAGUCCCCAAGAGGUGGCUAGAAGUUUAACCGGUUCACUUAUAGCAGUGAAGGUAAUUCAAGCAGACGAGGAGAACAGAAAAUUGAUAUUUUCUGAAAAGGAAGCUGUUUGGUCAAAGUUUUCUGAUCAAGUUGAUGUGGGAGACAUUUUUGAAGCAAAGGUGGGUUCUGUGGAGGAUUAUGGUGCAUUUGUUCACUUACGAUUUCCCGAUGGUCUUUAUCAUCUCACUGGACUAGUGCAUGUUUCAGAGGUUUCAUGGGAUCUAGUGCAAGAUGUAAGAGAUAUUCUUUCGGAGGGUGAUGAUGUAAGGGUGAAAGUUCUUAGUCUCGAUAGACAAAAGCCAAGGAUGACACUAUCAAUCAAACAGUUAGAAGAAGAUCCACUUCUAGAAACAUUGGAUAAAGUAAUACCACAGGACGGAGCAGGUUCUGAUUCUUUAAAUACCAGCAGCAGUAGUAACAUUGAGCCGCUUCAAGGACUUGAAACUAUAUUUGAAGAGCUACUAAAGGAAGAUGGUAUAUACGACGUGAGAAUAACUCGCCAAGGUUUUGAGAAACGGGUGGUUUCACAAGACCUACAACUUUGGCUUUCCAAUGCACCUGCUACCGACGAGAAAUCUACUCUUCUUGCUCGGGCUGGAAGGCAGGUGCAAGAAAUUCAACUGACAACAGGACUCGAUCAAGAAGGUAUCAAAAAGGCGCUGCAGCGAGUUUUGGAACGAGUCCCGUGAUCAGUAUGAAUAGAAAUCUUCUGUCUCUAAAUUACAAGUUUUCUCUCCAUCCCACCACUCAAAAUUUAUUUCUAUUCUAUCUAUAUAUAGUUAUAUAUAAUUCUCUUUCCCUCCUAUUAUUAUUAUUAUUAUUAUUAUUAUUGUGCUUCUCUGUUUGUACAGAAAUUAUUUGUAACAUUAAACAUUUUGUCCUAAUGAGCUCUACAUCAAGUUGAUAUAGGUAAAAUAGAUCAUACCAUGUCUUUCAGGCUUUAA